AUGAAGAUCAGAAAAACUAAAAAAAAAAAAAAUGAGAUACAUGCUAAGUCCCUUGGGAAACACAGGUCGCGCAGCAAACCUCAAGAUAUGGCCCUUUCACAGGUGGAGCAUUACCUCACGUAUCAUGUUCGUCAAUUGCUACCACAUGUACUUUCCAAACGAUCUUCGAAGCAUGUAGCGUACGUUUUCUCUCUGUUGUCGGCUGUUUCUUCGGGCUUUAUUGUGAUGAUUUCAUUGUAUUCAGAUUCGUGGGAAAAACAGUUGCACUAUUCAGCAUGGCAAAUUAACAUGAUCGCCAGUCUUGCUAAUUUAGGAAUGUAUUUAACUCCUCCUAUUUUAGGAUUCCUUGCGGACACCCAUGGGCCAAUUACGUUAAGUGCCCUAGGAAUCAUUGGCUUCAUUCCAAGUUACUCGUACGUUGCAUAUAUUUUUAAUCACCCAGCACUAUCCAACGAUCAUACAUUUCAUUUAAUUUUAAUGAGUUUCACUGUGAUGGGUGUUUCAACAAGUUCUUUGUAUUUUAGUGCUCUGAUUACGUGUGCAAAAUUAUACCCCGAUAAAAGAACUCUAUCAAUUAGCUUGCCAACAACUUGUUACGGGUUAUCAUCAUUUUUGGGCUCACAGCUACUGAACCUGCCAUUCUUCUGGUCGACUAAUGGCGAUUCUACAUUUCUAAAUCUAGGACGCGUUUUCAAUACUUUUGCAUGUGUUUACGCAGUUGUUGGCUUACUGGCUUGGAUCGCAACAAGCACUGUUUCUAUGUUCAAACACGCAGCUAUGUCUCAGCAAGAAUCAUGUAGAAAUGGAAAUGAAGAUAUGGAUCAAAAUGAAAAUGACCCUCUUAUAGCUGUAGAGCCGGUUCAGGAGCGAUUAGCCCAAAAACAAUUCUUCAAAGAUCCAGUUGCCUUGUUUGUGGGAAUAUCUAUGAUACUUUCAUUAGGUCCAUCCGAAAUGUUCCUAGCCAACAUGGGAUCGCUAACAAAGCUAUUAGUAGGCGAAAACGCUGUCUUAUCAAGUCGACUGUUGUCAGUGUACGCAGUACUAAAUACCGUUACAAGACUAUCUUCUGGUUUUAUUACUGAUUUUUUGGCAACAAGAGAUAUAUCGCCAAAAUGGAUACUUAUCUCGUUACUAUCACUUUCACUAAUGGCUCAAUUCCUGAUAACCAAUUUCUCGUUAUCAACAACUGUUGUUUCACCACUCAAGAUACUACUUAUAGGUGCAAUGAUGGGUACGGUUUACGGUGGCUUAUUCACUGCAUAUCCUGUAAUAAUCUUAGCCAUGUGGGGUGACAAACUUUUCGGUACUGCCUACGGCAGUAUGAUGAUUGCCCCAGCAAUCGGUUCCGUCGUAUCUUGUAUGGCAUACGCUGAUAUUUUUGAUAGUAAAUGUGUGACAGAAGACACUAAUGCUACUUCCUGCAUCGCACCAGUGUUUGAGAUAACAUCCGCUCAACUAAUAAUAUGCAUACUCGUUACCGUCGUCGUGCUGAGAAGACACUAA